AGGCGGGCCUUUUUUUUUUUCUUAGAGAAAACGAGGAAUGCGCUGGACGUCUUCCUGCAGGAGAUCUGCACAAGUUGAGGAGCGUCUUUUCUUAUCCCCUCGUCUCCUUUCUCAGCAUGGUCAUGUGGUCUCUGCUUCUGCUCUGUGUCCACAUCUGCGUCUGCUCCGCAUAUGAAGGGUCAGGACAGCACGCCUACGGCGACGAUGAGGACUGGUAUACUCAUGCGUUUAAAGGUGCAGCGUGGUGCGCGCCCAUUAAGGUGAAGCACGGCGAUGUGAGCUGCCGCACGCCAAGGGGACACCACUCCAAGAACGCCAUGGGAACGCGUUGUAAAAUCCGCUGCAAGCAAGGAUAUGAGUCCCAGAGCACCGAAGUGGUGUGCAUGGCUAGCAAACACUGGUCCUCCAACUAUGCAUGUCGAGAGGUCCGCUGUCCCAAGAUGAACAUGCCCAUGAAUGGCAGCUAUAAAUGUUCAGAUGGCUCUUACUACAACUCUCGCUGCGAGUUCUUCUGCUCGCCAGGAUUCACGUUGAAGGGCCCCAAGACGGCAACGUGCCAGUACAACAAAGCCUGGAGUGCCACAGUCCCCACUUGUGUCGACGAGGACCCUCCAAAGAUCAAGUGUCCUCAUGUGAAGGACAAGUGGGCAGAGCCAGGUAAACUGACAGCUAGGGUGACCUGGGAUAUGCCCGAAGGUGUGGACACGGCCGACGGCAUCCUUACAGACGUGAUCCUGAAAGGGAAAGCUCCCAGAUCGGAUUUCCCCGAAGGUCUUCACAAGAUGUCCUACACAGUAUUGGAUCGUGCGGGGAAUAAAGGAUCCUGUCGCUUCACUGUCAGAGUACGAGUGCGACGCUGCAGUCCACUGUUCCCGCCCGACAACGGCUACAUGAAAUGCGACAGCGACGGCGACAACUACGGUGCGACCUGCGAAUUUACCUGCACUGGCGGCGCCGAUCUGCAGGGCAGUGCCGCCCGAGUCUGCCAGUAUGGACUCACCUGGUCCGGAAGUGACACCAACUGUGCGCCCAUGAACAUUAAUGUGGGGGUGCGCAGGGCCGGGGCGCUGCUCGAACAGUUCUACGAGAAGCGACGGCUCCUCAUUAUCUCCGCCCCGACGGCUGCCAAUCAUAAUUACCGCUUCCAGAUGACCAAUCUGCAGCAUGCCCAGUGUGGACUGGACCUCCGUCACAUCACCGUCAUCGAGCUGGUCGGGAACUACCCGGCCCAAAUUGGCCGUAUUCGACACAGGCUCCUCCCCCCCAUGCUAGCCUUGCAACUCAGGUUACUGCUCCAGAUCUCACAAAGGUCUUUCCAGAUGGUUCUAGUGGACAAGGACGGCACGGACAAGCAACGCUACCCGUUCCCAAUCACGGCGGCCGAGCUGUUUACCACCGUUGACACCUUCCCCCUGCGCAAGGACGAGAUGCUGUUGCAGCAGGCCGCCGGACAAACUUGUCAAUCAUAAUCGUCGGCAUUCACAUCGCCCCAGAACGGGACUCGAAGACGUUUUCGAUCCAGUGGCUUCCCUUUUGUCGCGACACAUGCUCCUGAAGGUGUGUGUAUAUUUGAAACAACAGUUCGCUGCCAUGUCACUCAUGUGAAAGAUUUUUUUUCUGAAGCGUUCAAGUCUUACACCACAACAAUCAUAUUGAUUCAUGUGUCUUGCCUACUGCUAUGUAUUAUUUUUCAAAACAAAAGUAAGUUUUGUAGAAUCAAGUAUUUUCACUGUAUGGAGUGGAAAACUAUAUUAUUUAUGUCCCACUUCUUUAAUAAUAAUGGAUUCUCACACUCUUUA